GCUUGCUGACACUGCGCAUAACUGACGAGCAAUACGGCAGGAUUCGAGUGCACGUGGACAACAGGGACUCCCGAUCACUGCAGUUACAGUUCCGUCUUAACGUGUGGUUGCGUUGUCCCCCAGUGAACUGCUGGCCGUCGGAGGGCGCGGGCGGCGGCUGUGACGUCAACAUCGAGUACGAGCUGGAGCACGACCACCUGUCGCUCAAUGACGUCAACAUACACAUCCCGCUGCCAUCCGGUAACAUCUCUCUGGUAGUGCACCAGUGGGAAGGCAGCUAUGCACAGAAGGGCCGCACACUCAUCUGGUCCGUGCCCAUCAUCAAUAAGCAGCAGAAAACAGGCAGUUUGGAGUUCACUGUCACCCCAGCCAUUCCCAACGACUUCUUCCCGCUGUCCGUGACGUGGACGUCAGACACCACGAUGUGCCUGCUAUCCGCUACCGGAGUCUCGCAGGCGGAGGGCGGAGCGCCCGUGGACUUCUCUCACGAAGUGGCGCUCCAUCCGGACAAGUACGAGAUCGUCUGAAGUGAAAUAUUAUUCAAAAAUGUAUUAAGAUGUUCCGCCGUGACGCACGUGUUGAAGUGUAAAAAUGUAUUUAAUAAAAAUUAUAUGAUAUAUCAA